GAGUGAUGUCUUUUCACAAACCAAGACAAGGCCAACAAAUAAAUUCUUCAAUUCUCUCCCUUUGUAGCAGCAGAGAAACAAGAGAGAGAUGAGUAAGAUGAAAUCAUCCAGCUCCGAAUUGGACUUUGAUCGACCCAACAUCGAAGAUUAUCUCCCCUCUGGAUCCAUCCCAGAACCCCAUGGCCAGCUUCGCCUGCGUGAUCUGCUCGACAUUUCGCCCACUUUAACGGAGGCGGCUGGUGCCAUUGUUGAUGACUCUUUCACGCGUUGUUUCAAGUCAAAUCCUCCAGAACCUUGGAAUUGGAACAUAUAUUUGUUUCCGCUAUGGUGCUUGGGGGUGGUAAUUAGAUAUGGGAUUCUGUUCCCUGCAAGGGUUCUUAUAUUGACAAUAGGGUGGAUAAUAUUCCUUUCGUCCUUUAUUCCAGUACAUUUUCUGUUGAAAGGGCAUGAUAAGUUGAGGAAAAAGUUAGAGAGGUGUCUAGUGGAGUUAAUUUGCAGCUUCUUCGUUGCAUCAUGGACUGGGGUUGUCAAGUACCAUGGACCACGGCCUAGCAUGCGGCCUAAGCAAGUUUUUGUGGCCAAUCACACUUCGAUGAUCGAUUUCAUUAUUUUAGAACAGAUGACUGCAUUUGCUGUCAUUAUGCAGAAGCAUCCUGGAUGGGUUGGACUGUUGCAAAGCACUAUAUUGGAGAGUGUAGGAUGCAUCUGGUUUCAUCGUUCUGAAGCCAAGGAUCGUGAAAUUGUUGCAAGAAAGUUAAGGGAUCAUGUUCAAGGGGUUGACAAUAACCCCCUUCUUAUAUUCCCUGAAGGAACUUGUGUAAAUAACCACUACACUGUUAUGUUCAAGAAGGGUGCAUUUGAACUCGGUUGCACUGUUUGCCCAGUUGCAAUCAAGUACAACAAAAUUUUCGUUGAUGCCUUUUGGAACAGUAGAAAGCAAUCCUUCACAAUGCAUCUGCUGCAGCUAAUGACAUCAUGGGCUGUUGUUUGUGAUGUGUGGUACUUGGAGCCCCAGAAUCUGAAGCCUGGGGAGACACCUAUUGAAUUUGCAGAGAGGGUCAGGGACAUUAUUUCCGUUCGAGCUGGUCUUAAAAAGGUACCCUGGGACGGAUAUCUGAAAUACUCUCGUCCUAGCCCCAAGCAUAGGGAGCGGAAGCAACAAAGCUUCGCAGAGUCGGUGCUGCGCCGAUUGGAGGAAAAAUAAUCAACGGAUUUGUAUUGAUUUUUUUUUUGGUGGUUUAAAUUUCAUGUAGCCCUUGUAGCUGUCUAAAUACACAGGUACUUUGUCUACCUCAAUUCCCUGUUUAUUUGAAUAAAGAUGAUUUCGAUUACUGGAA